GCGAGCUAUGCUUGAUCAGUUAAUGGGCACAGGACGGAAUGGUGAGAAUAACAAAUUUCAAGUGAAGUACUCCGAUCCAAAGGUCUGCAAGAGCUUUUUGCUGGCGUGCUGUCCGCAUGAAAUCCUAUCGUCAACAUUCUAUUUCCAGAGUCUCUGGAAAAAGCAAUUCCAAUCAGAUCCAUUGUACAAUAUUGUUGCGAGUAUUGUCCGCUCAUAUGUCGUGUUGUACUUGUCGCUCUCACACGCGCGUUACUUACUAGGUAUUAAUUCGAUUGAGAAUAAAGGCGGACGGUUUCCUCAGCCCCUCUACCGGUAACCACGGUGGCGAGGCUGAGUACCGAAUAUUAAUUCCGAGACCCCGAAUGGCCUGUUAAGUUGAAAUGAAGUUUACUUUGAAAGUAUGCGUGAAAAUGUAUUCAUCCUCGGGAGAUGUAACGGGUACAGGAAAUGAAGCAGUGAUCUGUAAGUAAGACCAUGCGAAUUGCCAAGAAAUACGUCUGAAAAUUCUGAUGUUCGAGUCUCGGAAUUGUAAACGUUGACAUUUGUUUCUCGAUGAUCCCUACUCGUUCUUCGGUUCAUUGAUCCACGGUGAAACUUCGAUCGGCCUAUUUCAGGGGAUAUCUCGUAUGAUGUUUUAAGAGUUUCGAGAGCCUCGAUUACGAUAUUGUGAGAGUAUGUUGUGUUCAAUGAUAGGAACGAUCGAGAUUUCACUGUCUGUCGUCCUCUCGGAAGAAAAGCUCUAGACGUUACGCGGAAAUGCAGUUGUGGCACAUUACCGACGGGAAACGAGAAUCCUCGUUUUAUUGAAAUAUACGUUACCGACGGGAAACGAGUAUUCUCGUUUCACGACAGGUGUGUGUUUUUCUAUUAAUUUAUACAAAAUAAAAAUAUAUUAAUUACAAAAAUGAGAUCAUUAUGUAUUUAAUAUCGCUUACAAGUAAUUCUGCAUUGUUUUCGAUGAAAUAAAAUUAGGGAAUUGUGCCCUUUUUAUAGAAAAAUUAGAACCUUUUUUAUAAAAACGCUUCGCGAAUAAAAGAUGGCAGUAAUAGCCUUAUUAUACACAUUUUGUAGAUUUGUGUCAUUUUCCCUAAAGCGUGUAAAUUACAUAUUAAUCGAAUCGUAUAGUUUUUGUAAGUGUAGGAAAUUGGUUUUACCUUCAUAAAUAUGCAAGUCUUAUAUUUUACAAUUUAUCAACAAGUUUUUUUUUACUGAAUUUUAGUUCGUCCCCACUAAUGACUACAGAAUUGUAAUAAAUUGCCACUGUGUCACGAUCCACGAGCAACGCAGGUUUUUCAUCCGAGUGGACAUUACUUCUUUUCAGUCUUUCGUUUCACAACGUCGACUAUCAGAUAGCUUUUCGAACAAUUAUCGAGAAAUGAACGAGAAUUAUUGCAUACAGUUCCAACGUGUAGUAUAUUCUAACGCGCAUUGGAGAGAUUUCUUUGAGCUUGUAUAUAAAUUUUGAAUCACUGUUUUAUUUAAAAGGCGAAAGCGAGUCUUUCAAAAACCGGCGUGGAGAACCCGUUAAAAUACAAAUUAUUUUGGCAAUUUGCAAAUGCAAAAUAUACAUAUACAUAUUUAUAUAUAUGAAAAAAAUGACCACGAGAAAACGUGAGAAGUGGCAUGAAGCAGAGAGAGAGAAAGCGAAACAGUAUUAGGCGGAAUUGUACAGCGUGCCAGUUCUGUUAGAAAAAUUUCCGUCAACAUUGGAUGUACGUAUUGAACUCGUUUUCUAAAUCGUCUAGAAUUGAUUCACCUAAGGCAAAUGCGUGCCCUACGUAAAUAGUAUAAUAAACUAUUAGGCUGUAAGUUGUUUCAUAGACAUUGAACAUAUGAACUUAAGGUGUGUGCUGAUUGUAGCUUCAUUGCCAUCGCAUUGUCGUGUCAGGCGGAGAGGUGUUGCCACUCUCGCAUGGACCUGGGAGAAUGCCCCCAGAUUCACGACUUGGCCCUACGGGCUGACUACGAGGCUGCGCAAAAGAAGAAGGACCACUUUUACGAUAUCGAUGCCAUGGAACAUUUGCAAAAUUUUAUCGCCGACUGCGAUCGUCGUACGGAACAAGCGAAACAACGACUGGCAGAGACCCAAGAGGAGCUCAGCGCGGAGGUGGCAGCAAAAGCGAACAACGUACACGUUCUUGCUGAGGAGAUCGGUAAGAAGCUGGCUAAAGCCGAACAGCUCGGCGAGGAAGGUUUCGUGGAGGAGUCGAUGAAGCUCAUGGGCGAGAUAGACGAGCUGCGUAAGAAAAAGAACGAGGCGGAACAGGAAUACCGUAACAGCAUGCCGGCGUCCAGUUAUCAGCAACAAAAGCUGCGCGUUUGCGAAGUGUGCAGCGCGUAUCUCGGCAUACACGAUAACGACAGACGGCUGGCGGAUCAUUUUGGCGGCAAGCUGCAUCUAGGGUUUAUCAAGAUCCGUGAAAAGUUGGCGGAGCUACAGAAAACCGUCGAGGACAGACGCAAGGAGAAACGGGAGUCGUUGCUCGACAGGCGCAGAGAUAGGGACAGGGACGAUCGUGACAAAGACCGCGACAGAUCGGAUAGCAGACGUGGCGGAUUGGGUUACAGGGAAAAGGACCGCGAUCGUGACCGUGAACGCGAUCGUGACCGCGACAGAGACCGCGAUCGUGAUCGUGAUCGCGAUCGAGACCGUGAACGCAGAGAUAGAGAUAGGAGAAAGUCACGAUCUCGAAGCCGCAGCCGUGGAAAAAGAUCGAAACGUUCGCGCAGCAAUAGCCGCAGUCGUCGAUCUCGUUCUCGUCGUAGUGGAUCCAACGAUCGGAAAAGAUAAAAUUGAUUGUCAUUAAUAAUUAUGCUCAAUCAUUUUCUUCGUAUGAAAUUCACGUGCUUACUUGUGCACAUUACAUGUAAAAACAGGAAUCGCGCUCGCUGACCAUCAUAUAUUUUUUUUCUUUCGAUAGAUUAUUUCGCAAGUUACACUAAAUUUGUACAUUAUCCGUCACCUUAUUACGAGAAAAAAAAAAACAAAGUAACACCAAUAUAUGAAAAUAUCUUUGUGUAAAACUAGGCACAUUCCUGUUAAUGUAAGGACAGGAUUGAAUUUACUAGAUAUUAAUACACUAAUACACUUAUUCUAUUUGAUCAUGAUAUACCGAUAUACUUUUAAAUGUAGUUACUAUUUCGUGUACAUAAGAAUAGUUCAGGUGUAACUCCAUGUAUUUGGAGAUGUUACAUAUUUAUAAUAUGAUUACUCGAUCUUAUGUGAUUAUUAAUGAGCAUAAAAAAAUGAAGGUAUGUCCGAAAAUAUAUACGUUUAAGUAAUUAUUGUUUAAAACGCUGUAACCUUAAUGUUUCUUACAAUUUUCAUUUUUACACAACAUGGCGUUAUUAAGUAUAUAUUACAAAUAAUUGAAAGAAAGUGAAAUCAAAGCCGCAAAAGAUUGAAUCUUUGAACGGAAACAUUUUUAUUUAUAAUGUAGUAGGACAUGAAACUAUUAAUGAAAAAUAAAUAUGAAUGA